UUAAAAAAAAAGUGAGAAAAAGUUUAGAAACGAACCGGCACGCGUUUCUCUCCUCCUCUGUGGCGUAUAUUUCCAUAGUGAGUGAGAGAGUAGAAUACUCAAAAGUUAUCUGCUUUUCGGAUCUUUCUUUGUCUUUAAUCUCUGCAACAAUACUCUCUCCCUCUCUCGACAGUUAAAUCGCAGACUUUUUGGUAAAAUGGCUGCUACUGCUACAGCAUCGACGAUCCGUUACGCACCUGAGGAUCCUAAUCUCCCUAAGCCGUGGAAAGGUCUUGUGGAUAGUCGAACUGGGUACCUGUACUUUUGGAAUCCGGAGACCAAUGUUACCCAGUACGAGAGACCACCUGGUUUAGCUCCCCCCGUAAGCUCUCCUGUUCAGACUCAGCAACAACCUUCUUCUGGGUACAGUUCUGGAAAGGAUGAUGAUAAGUAUAGUAAGGGCAGCGAUGAGCCUAAGACUGACUCUGUUUCAAGGUUUAGUGAGGCAAGCAGAAGUGGACCAAUAGAUUCAAGUAAUGCUGCCAGUGGACCAGGGAAUGCUGCAUCUUGUGGAUUGGCUGCCACAAGGCCUCCUUCUUCAGCUGCAGGGACUGAAAAAAUGUCCCCAGAGGCCUAUUGUCGCCGCCAUGAAAUUACUGUCACUGGAGGCCAAGUGCCGCCACCUUUGAUGUCGUUUGAAGCCACUGGUUUCCCUCCAGAGCUUCUGCGAGAGUUAUACGGUGCAGGAUUCUCUGCUCCAAGUCCAAUUCAAGCUCAGUCAUGGCCAAUUGCGAUGCAGAACAGAGACAUAGUAGCCGUCGCUAAAACAGGCUCUGGAAAAACUCUCGGUUACUUGAUUCCAGGCUUCAUGCACCUCCAGCGGGUCCGCAAUGACUCACGAAUGGGCCCAACGAUCUUGGUGUUGUCACCUACUAGGGAGCUGGCCACACAAAUCCAAGCUGAAGCUUUGAAGUUUGGGAAGUCAUCAAGAAUCUCCUGUGCAUGCUUGUAUGGUGGAGCACCAAAGGGUCCUCAGCUGAAGGAAAUAGAGAGAGGUGUUGAUAUCGUCAUUGCAACUCCCGGGAGAUUGAAUGAUAUCCUUGAGAUGAAGAGAAUCAGUCUUCAUCAAGUGUCUUACCUUGUGCUAGACGAGGCUGAUAGAAUGUUGGACAUGGGGUUCGAGCCUCAGAUCAGGAAGAUUGUCAAUGAGGUCCCCACUAAGCGUCAAACCCUCAUGUACACAGCCACAUGGCCUAAAGAGGUCAGGAAAAUCGCAUCCGAUCUUCUUGGUAACCCUGCACAAGUCAACAUUGGUAACGUCGAUGAGCUCGUGGCCAACAAGUCUAUCACUCAGACUAUUGAAGUCAUACCACCGAUGGAGAAACAAAGAAGGUUGGAGCAGAUAUUGCGGUCUCAGGAGCCAGGCUCCAAGAUUAUUAUCUUCUGUUCGACCAAGAGGAUGUGUGAUACUCUCGCGAGGAACUUGAUGCGAACGUUUGGAGCUGCUGCUAUACAUGGAGACAAGUCUCAGCAAGAGCGAGAUGAUGUGCUGAAUCAGUUUAGGAGUGGGAGGACUCCUGUUCUCGUUGCAACCGAUGUAGCUGCUCGUGGACUUGAUGUUAAAGACAUCAGGGUGGUGGUGAACUAUGAUUUCCCAAAUGGAGUGGAGGAUUAUGUUCACAGAAUCGGAAGAACGGGAAGAGCUGGAGCAACAGGUUUAGCUUACACCUUCUUUGGGGACCAAGAUGCAAAACAUGCUACGGAUCUGAUCAAGAUCUUGGAAGGAGCAAGCCAGAAAGUCCCUCAGGAGGUACGUGAGUUGGCUACACGCGGUGGUGGUAUGAACAAAUUCCGCCGCUGGGGUACACCUUCCUCUGGUGGUGGUGGCGGCUAUGGUGAUUCUGGCUAUGGUGGUCGUGGAGGUGGCCGUGGUGAUUCUGGUUAUGGUGGACGUGGUGAUUCAGGUUAUGGUGGAGGUCGUGGUGGUUCUGGUUAUGGAGGUCGUGGUGAUUCUGGUUAUGGUGGAGGUCGUGGUGAUUCUGGUUAUGGUGGAGGUCGUGGUGAUUCUGGUUAUGGUGGAGGUCGUGGUGGUUCCGGUUAUGGAGGACGUGGAGGUGGUGACUCAGGGGGUAGAGGAAGCUGGUCUGACAGCAGUGGUCGUGGCUCAGGAUGGGGAAGAGAGAGGAGUCGUAGUCCAGAGAGAUUCAACAGAGGUGCUGCACCGUCCACUUCCUCACCGCCUCGCAGCUUUCACGAGGCGAUGAUGAUGAGACAGAAGUAACUUAUUGGAACUUUACCAGAUCAGGGGGUGAUAUAUCUUAUAUGUAAGUGUGCCCCUUUCGGUUAAUUAUUCAUUUUGUGAAGUGUGUGUGGAGCAAAGUCGCUAUAACUUUUAACACCACACACCAGUACAAGAUACUUCUAAUGUUUUUGUUUGUUUCUACGGGGUAUAACCUUUUGUGUUUAUAUUAGUAAGACCAAAAAAAAAACUCGUUUAUGGGCU